GCUCUCUCUUUGGAUCUUUACAUGACCCGUGAUGGUGGAUGUCUGACAUGUUCACAGCUCUGAGAUUUUAGAGGCCUGUCCCCACAUUUUUGUCGAAGUCCUCUGUGCUGGAGGAUUGAAGUGUCCUGGUAGAGCUGAAAGCCAUCCUAGGAUUCUGGCUGAGUUGUAUUUAGAGUGUUGUACCCUGCUCUGUGGGAAGGCUGAGGGGGAACCGGGCAACAUGCCCACCCUCAACAGCCUGGGCAAGCUGUGUAGCUCCAACCGUAGCCACACAGUGGACCGCCUCACCCACAUCAAACAUAAAAACUCAGUCAAGCGCAUGUCCAUCAUUGAGGACGGUCAAGUGGCUGAGGUGCUCUACCUCAUUCCCAAAGUGUACAUGCAGCAGCUUCCGUACCUCAACCCUAACGACUAUUACCUGAGUGAGAGACUUAUCGAUCUGGCACCAGUGGCACAUGCUCAGGACGCACACAAUUCCAAUGAGAAGCCUCUGAUCCAGUGCUACAAGUGUGGGGAGCCAUGUAAGGGUGAGGUGCUGAGGGUGCAGUCCAAGCACUUCCACCUGAAGUGCUUCACCUGUAAAGUGUGUGGCUGUGACCUGGCUCAGGGAGGCUUCUUCAUGAAGAAUGGAGACUACCUGUGUACCCUGGACUACCAGCGAAUGCACGGGACGCGCUGCAAUGGCUGUGGGGACUUUGUGGAGGGAGAGGUCGUCACUGCUCUGGGCAAGACCUACCACCCUGCCUGCUUCGUCUGCACCAUCUGCAAACGACCAUUUCCUGCUGGGGAUAGGGUCACCUUCAAUGGCAAAGACUGUCUGUGUCAGUACUGUGUCCAGCCCACAUCCCCAGGACCCGGCAAAGACAUCAUCGACUCCAACUGCUGUACGGGCUGUGGUAGAGACAUUAAGAAUGGUCAGGCUCUAUUAGCUCUGGAGAGACAGUGGCACCUGGGCUGCUUCAAGUGUAAGGCAUGUCAAAAAGUCCUCACUGGGGAGUACAUCAGCAAGGAUGGCACACCCUAUUGUGAGAAGGACUACCAGGUCCAUUUUGGGGUCCAAUGCGAAGCCUGCCAGCAGUUUAUCACAGGCAAAGUGCUGGAGGCAGGGGACAAACACUACCACCCCAGCUGUGCACGAUGCAGCAGGUGCAACCAGAUGUUCACAGAAGGAGAAGAGAUGUACCUGCAAGGAUCAACAGUGUGGCACCCUGGCUGUAAGAACACAACCAGAACAGAGGAAAGACAUAGGGAACGGCUGUUGCCUCCGUCACUAUUACUCCUCCACAAAACAGAAAGGCAGCCUUCGAGGUCGUCGUCCGAGAGUAUCUGUUCCAGACCUGGUUCAAGCAUACCUGGCUCACCGGGUCAUACCAUAUAUGCAAAAGUAGACAAUGAGAUCCUUGAUUACAGGGACCUAGCCGCCAUUCCCAAAGUCAAAGCCAUUUAUGACAUAGAGCACCCUGAUCUGAUUACCUAUGAGCCUUUGUACACCAUGUCACUGGAUGAGAGGGAGGAGAGGAGGGAGAGUGUGGGAGAGCUCCAUACUGCGAGAAGGGAGCGUUCCUCCAUGCCAGACGACAAGUCCUCAAGAAACAUGUCACCUACACCGUCUGCUGAGGGCUGCUAUGACAUGAGGGAACGCAUCCUCCAGAGGUCCACCAGUCAGGGUUCUAUCGGAUCACACGUCUACAAUCGCAAUAGUUACACCCCGUUGUCACGCUCACCGCAGCAUUUUCACAGACCAGAAACUCUGACAGGCAUGCAGAAGCUCUGCUCUGACCUGUGCAGUAACAGCCAUAGUGACUCCCGCCCCACCUCCCCUUUCAGACACCACUUCCUACCCCAUAGCCAAGGCACUGAUCCACCCAGCGGGCGGAGCUCCCCUAUACCCCAACGGCCAGAGAGCCGGCCGGUCACUCCGCCUCUCUCUCUGACCCCUAAACAUUUCCACCUCCCAGAUCAGGGGAUCAACAUUUACAGGAAACCACCCAUCUACAAACAACACGGUUCAGAAGGAGGAAGGAGACGGUCUAGGGAAGAAGAGGAAGAGGAGGCUAUGAAGAGAAAGCAGAUUCAGGAGGAGCAAAUCAAUAAGAUCCAGUCUGGUUUGGGGAAGCUGAUAAUGAAAGAGGAGAAUGAAAAGGAGCAGAUCAGGGAAGGUCAUGCACGCAGCCAAUCAGCUCAGCGCUAUGAACCUCAGCAGAACAACUAUGAUGGAGAUGAUUCCAAAACUUCCUCGCUGCCUGGUUAUGGACGGAAUGGAUUACACCGGCCUCAGUCCACAGAUUUCACUCAGUACAACAGCCAUGGGGACAUGUGUGGGGGAGGAAGAGAGUUUCAGCACAUAAGGGAUGGCUGUGCCGCAGUAACAAGAAUGGACAGGGGAGUAUCUAUGCCUAAUAUGUUGGAACCAAAAGUCGUACCAUAUGAAAUGCUCACGAUAACCAGUAGAGGGCGAGCUAAACUGCCCAGGGAGGUGGACAGAACAAGACUGGAGCGCCACUUAGCCCCAGAAACGUUCUUUGACAUCUUUGGGAUGGAGAUCCAGGAAUUUGACAAGCUUCCACUGUGGAAACGCAACAACAUGAAAAAGAAGGCCAAGCUCUUCUAGCAGUCAGAGCAGCAUGCAUUCAUCCCAUCCCAUAAGAUAGCAAUCUACUCUACCACUGUAACAUAGAUGUAGGAUUUGUUUUGAUUUUCCCCCUUUCCCUCUUUUUUGACAUGUUCAAGGAAGCAAUGAAAUUGACUCUUUUUACUCUAUACUUCUUCUACGGACUGAAUACAUAAUUAACGAACCGAUAGAUGCUACAAGGAAAUAGAAUAAACCCAUUUCGUAAGUGUUCAAAAAUGAAAAAGAAUGACAGAAUUAUAAAUUAGGUCAUGUUUUUUUGUUUUUCUACUGCUGCGCUUAUUUUUGUUUUGUUUUUCGCUUUGCUUUGAAUUGAGCUGCUUUUACUUUCUUUCCCUUUUCUUUAAUCUCAUGGCACCAAAUGGAACAUGUUCUUCACAUGCGAAACUGGAAUGUCUGUCUGUCAGCUUCAUAAGUCAAUGGUCAGCUUGCCCUCAUUUUGGCUGAAACAUUUUAGACCCGUGUUGGCGUCAAAUCAAAUGGCUUACAGUCUUCAUCAUGGAAAUAUUGGGUCUUGCCAUUUCUUUAUGGCUCUAGUACAUAAUAUGAGUCCAAAUCUUCAAACACUGCUCAGCUUGCCUUAGCACCUAACCAUGUUACUCUCACUGGCAUCAGAGUCUGGAAAAGCCAUCAAUCAAAACAAUAUAAUGUGGUUUCCAUAUAGAUCCGGGCUAUAUUCAUUAGGGCAUGCAACAUUUUAAAAUGUUCUGUAAAGGGAAACUGAAAUGAGCGUGGACAAGUUCAAGUAGUCCCUCCCUAUUUCAGUUUGUUUUCUUCCAUUUGAAGCCUAUUAAAUAUGACCCAGGUAGCCUCUUCAACAAAACAGUUUAUCCUAUCAGGCUCCCGUGAAAACGACCCAAUUUAGUUUUCUGUUGGUUAAAUUGGAGAAGCAAUUCCUAUUUUACUCACAAAUAUUCAACAAACACCACCCCAAAAAAUACAACAUUAAAUGUACAAAAAAUAACAACUGUAUUUAAAAUGACUGUUUUAUAAAUGAAACCCACACUGCCAUUUGUUGUAUUGAAAUAUAAGCAAAAAUAAAGCUUUAAAUCCCUGUGUAUGAUACACCAAAGGUAUCACCUGUAUUAGUUUAUCUCCUCUCAGCUAUUAAACUAUAAUAAACACAGUGUGUGAGGUAGUAUGAGGACUCUCCUGUCAAGUUUUAUGGGACCAAUCAGGCAUAGUGUACUCGGGGGACUUCCUGGACUUAAAGAGGCAAUAAAGAGGCAGACACCCAUGGAGCUGUCUGUCUGUCUCUCUCUCAAACACGCACAUACAGAUACACACACACCCAGGCUCAUAGAAGGCCUAUAGUUUUGAAGUAUGGUAUGAAUCAAAGUAUGAAUGGAGAAAACACAGUGUUGCUAAAGAUUAUCUGUGUAUCAAACUGGAUAGAAAAUCUCUGUUAGCUUAUAGCCUGCUUACAGCACCUCAUACCAUGAAUGUAAACAUAUUAUUUACAGUCAUUUGCCAGGGAUCAAUUUACACAAGUAUAUUCAAUGUUAUACAGUGCGUAUAGGGUUGGUUUCCCGGACACAGAUGAACCCUAGUCCUGGAUUAAAUAGCAUGGUCAAUGGAGAGCUGUGACAUCAGGAUGGAUGUCACAUUGUCGUCUCGUGAUUUCCAUUGGCAAAGGUUGACCAAUCCAAAGCUAGAAUAAUGGAAAAGGGUUACAACAAUGACACUGGAACUUAGAAGACAGAUGCCUGAUGACCUGCAUGGUCUGUCUGGAGUAAUAUACAGGAUAGCGUGUUUAAGUGAGUUGGACAGACAGCUCAAGGUGAAUACUUUCCAAGGCAGAGAAAAAGGGACCCACUGACACAACCAUAGAAAUAGAAUGACUAGAAUGGAUAAUCCCCUCAGACCACAGCAAUUUGAUAGCACCCUCAUGGAUACACCCAAUCUGGCUCAAUGAAUGGGCCAUGUCUGUUCUAGUGAUUCUAUUUAUACGGACACAACACUAUCCACUAUGCUCUGGCACCUAACCUUGUGACACUAGGGAGGCAUGGGAUUGUUAAAGAGGGCCAGGUGCCUGUGUCUUAAAUCACUCUGCUGCUCCAGAGGUAUGGUAUGUAUGAGACAGGCCAUUCUAUAAACAGAGGAAGAGAGACGCAUGCAGACAGACACAAGAGAUGGACGUGAAUGAGAGUAGUCUCUACUGAUUUAAGACUAACUGACACAGGACUAAAAGUCUUUGGCUUAUUACAACUUCACCUGGUAGCAUCAUUAGCCGAGCUCUUCGUCAUUGGUAUAACUGAUCAUCUCCCUUAGAGUAAGACCAUGGAGAUGAAGACCCAGGCUCAGGUGUGUGCUACUGUGCUUCAAAAGAGGGAAUUUGGUGGGAUCCAUCUUGGCUCUUUUUUUUGUUAUUCUGAAACCUUCUCUCUCCAGGAGAUGCUGUUGAAGCACCAGGAAUGUCUGAAGAGGCAAAGAGAAGCGGUGAAGUUCCGAAUGAAGAAAUUAAGCACAAAGCAAACUGAAAUCACUAAAAAGUCAUCAGCAAUGAGGGAGAGUAUAAGGAAGAAGUAUGAGGACAUCCAGAGGGUUCUGGAUGAGGACCUGUGGAUGACUCUAACCCACCUGGAGAUGGAGGAGAGAGCUGCAGUCACAGCCCUGGAGGACCUGAUGGAGAAGAACUGCACCAUCAUUCAGGAGAUAGAGCAGGAUCUGGCCAGGCUCACAGCUGAGCUGGCCCAGAAGGACUUUCUACUGCCUUAUUCACUGGACACUGAGAUAGUUGGCAGAGUGAUAGAUCUGCUGAGCAGGACAGAUCCCAGCAAAGUGAACUUGGAUGAGCCUAAAGCUGACCAGAUCCUCAGCCUCACCAACAACAUGCUGCUACUCAUACGCUCCCAGACCCCCAUCACCAAGAGACUCAUCAAGAGCUAUUCCACAGAGGUUUCCCUGGACCCAGAGACAGCGCACCCUAAACUGAUAAUUUCCCCGCGCGGUGACAGUGCCACCUACACAGACACCUGGCAGGAACUACCAGAGCUCCCGGGCCGCUUUGACACCACCCUCAACGUGAUCAGCCUGCAGGGCUUCAGCUCUGGGCGUCACUACUGGGAGAUAGACGUGGCUGGUAAGACGUACUGGGAGCUGGGCCUCACCUACCCCACCAUCUCCCGCAAGGGCCGAGCUGAGGACUGUUGGCUGGGCCGUGGCUCUGACUCCUGGGCUGUGGAGUUCUUUGAUGGGGAGUACACAGCCUGGCACAGUGGGGUGCCCCACCAGCUGCCUGUCACAAAACACUUCAGCCAUAUUGGGGUGCUAUGUAGUUUCCCAGGGGGCCUGGUGUCUUUCCUGGGGGCGGACAGCAUGACCCCUCUGUUCUCGUUCUGUGCAGGGGCUUUCAGGGACUGUCUCCACCUGGCGUUGUGCUCAGGUCACGAUCACAAUGGUACAAACACCAAACCCAUUGUGAUCUGUAACGCACCUCCACCUCCUAGUGCUUUCCAGAAUGCCCAGGAAUGCUGACUCUGCUCCUUAUGAUGCUCCUACUGACUCUUAAAGGCUUUAUCAUUGGAUCAUCAGCAUUUAGUCAGCGAUGUUAUUUGACAAUUUCUCAUGUUGCUGCUCUUUUAUCUAUACAAGUACUUAAAUAUGCAUUCUGUAAUCUAUUAAUGACUGGAUUUAAGGUGCUGUUUCGAGGUAGAAGGGGAGGAUCAAGAUCCUUUUAAAUUUAUUGUGGUUCCAGUUUUAGAGAAGUCUAUAUCUUUCAAACCAAAGUAUUAGUGGUUUUAGCUAUCAAAUAUAUAUAUAUAUAUAUAUAUAUAUAUAUAUUUUGCUGCUCUGUAAACCAGACAGGGCCACAGAAGGAAGAUUUGCCGUACAAUAAACUUCAUGCCCCUGGAGAGUAGCCUACACAGCUAACAUGUGAUGUGAAUCCAAAGUCUACACUCUCUCUUUGUAAAUAGGAUCUCUGAGCUCUAAUGGUAAUAUCCAAUAGUAAAUGACUAGUCCUAUGUGUUAACUAUAUUUUCACAAACAAUCUAGGUCAGUGUUGCCUGAAUUGAUGAAUCACUUACUGUUAGAGUUGCAGAUAAUGUGUAUGUUUGUCUAUUAUAUGUGUUUUAAGGUAAGCUCUCUUUAAAUUAAGAAAAAAAAACUCUGACACCCCCUUAGUCAAUAGAACGGUAGUGUGCGGUGAGAGACCUAGAUGCCAAAGCACUCUGUGCAUACAAAGGUUACUCUUCCCACACAAAUGGUUGGGAAAUGAUGUGGGUGAUCUGACAGAAUUACUCUUCUAGCCGCACACAAUCACUGCCAUCAUGAACUCCAAGCCUCUUUUCUUCUGCCUCUUCCUUGUAUUGCUCAUUCUACCUGUUCAAUUACGUAAACAAGAGAAGCAUGGAAAACAUCCGAAACAGGAAAAACACAGCAAAAAGCCUGAAAGAAAGUACAGAAGACACGAGGAUAUUCUGAAUGAUCCAUUCUUUGAGAUCGUAGACGAACCAGGUGAGGACGAUAGUGAUGAUCCUGA